AUGUCUUACCGCAACGAGUCCGACAGCUACGGCAGUGGCAACCAGAGCUCCAGCUACGGUGGCAACGACUCCUCUAGCUACGGCAACAACAAUGAUUCCUCCAGCUACGGCGGCAACAAGUCCAGCUCUGGUCGCAACCAGGACAGCUAUGGCAGCAGCAACAAUGACUCCUCCAGCUACGGCGGCAACAACGACUCUUCCAGCUAUGGCAGCGGAAACAAGUCCAGCUCUGGUCGCGACCAGGACAGCUACGGCAGCAGCAACAAUGACUCCUCCAGCUAUGGUAGCGGAAACAAGUCUAGCUCUGGCCGCGACCAGGACAGCUAUGGCAGCAGCAACUCCAGCUAUGGAUCCAAGAAGGACAGUUACGGUAGCAACAACGACUCUUCCAGCUACGGCAACAACUCUAGCUCUGGAUCCAAGGACACCUACGGUAGCAACAACGACUCUUCCAGCUACGGCAACAACUCUAGCUCUGGAUCCAAGAAGGACAGCUACGGUAGCAACAACGACUCUUCCAGCUAUGGCAACAACUCUAGCUCUGGAUCCAAGAAGGACAGCUACGGUAGCAACAACGACUCCUCCAGCUACGGCAACAACUCUAGCUCUGGAUCCAAGGACAGCUACGGUAGCAACAACGACUCCUCCAGCUACGGUAACAACAACGACUCUUCCAGCUACGGCAGCGGAAACAAGUCCAGCUCUGGUCGCAACCAGGAUAGCUACGGCAGCAGCAACAAUGACUCCUCCAGCUAUGGUAACAGCAACGACUCAUCUAGCUACGGCAACAAGUCCAGCUCUGGUCGUAACCAGGAUAGCUACGGCAGCAGCAACAAUGACUCCUCUAGCUACGGCAACAAGUCCAGCUCCGGUCGUGACCAGGAUAGCUACGGCGGUAACAACGACUCUUCCAGCGGCAGCAUUGGUAGCAAGAUCCUGGACAAGGCUCAAGAUUACCUGAACAAGGACAGUGGUUACUAA